GAAGACAAAGGCAAAACAAGAGUGUAUGUUGAAGGACUUGAAGGACUGUGUCUGCCCAGCAACAGUGUGGAUAAGGGGACAUCAAUGCCCUUGUAUUCCAUCCGCUUACAAAUGAAGGUAAACCAUAAUGCUGUUGCACAAAGCACACUCAAGACAUUUUGUUUAUCUGUGUCUAUUUGAAAGAACUCCAAGACUGCAAGUCACGGCAAAGCAGAACCUGUAAUGUCACUGAUGCUUUUCAGAGGGAGAGCGUGGUGCUAUAUUUAACUCUCUUUUAAGUUAUUUUAAAUGAUCUUAAAGCUACAUUUUAAUGGAGAUUAAUGAAUGCAUAGCCCCUGUCAAAAGAACAGACAAAUGAUGAAACCCCCUGUUCUAUAAAUGCUUUUUUCCACUGCAGGCCUUCUCCAGAAAUGUAGUAAAAGUUAGAUCUCUAUCGCCCUCUACCGGUGCUAAUGAGCUGUGUGCUUUACAGGUGAAGGCAGGGUGAUCAUAGGUCUCCAGGGUGAGUUUAGGCUUGGGGUAGAAUUUCAAAUAUUUACUGGAGAUGGUUCAGAGGUGAGCAGACAGUCAAGUCAAAGCCCAAAGGUUAGAAUGCUCUUUAAAGUCAAGUCACAUGGGGCACAACUUAUAAUAUAUAACCGUUGGGUUUAAGGUUAUUGCUUGAAAAAUGCACAAACUAAAGGUCACGGUACAUUGAUAGGUGACCUUUUUGCCAGUGUACUUAAAUGCAGGAUGCAGCUGAUGUUAUAGUCUAAAAUGUCAUCUUACAAUUUUCAGACUUAAAAAAAGUAUUUAUGCCCUUAAAUGUAAUAUAAUGUAUGGCCUAAAAUAACUGGCACAAACUUAGAUUUUGUUUUCAUAUAACUCUCGAGAUUUCAGUGCUCACGGAUAAAGCCACUGCCUACAUAACCAGCAGGUGUCGUCGUUUAUUCAACUGUUUUCUAACCAGUUGAGUCAUCGGAGGCUCUUGUAAGCUUCUACUCUUGUGUACGUGGAUGAAAUGCCUCUGCUUUAGGGCACAGGAGAGAGUGUAUAUUUUUAUGAGUGUUGAUAGAAAGGCAAGUGUUUAGAUUGUGUGGAUUACUGUGAACCCCCAACAGUGGGGGAUUUAGGGGUUUGCAGAUGGUUGCCUAUCCCACACAUGUAGAAGUGUCUUAAACUUAUUUUACACACAGUGCAAGACUGAUGUACAAAUCAUGAAAUAAUGACAGAUGCACUUGGGGAUGUAAAUGGACCACACGGGUUAUGAUGUGAUCUGUGUACUGUAUAUAUAAUCUCCCAAAGGAGUUUUUUCUUAUUUUCAAGAAUGAGGAAAAAAUAAAUUAAUGUGCGUUUACUGUUGGAUGGUGGGGAAAAGCAGGUGAAAAUGCUCGACCUCGUAGCGAGAAAAUCACGUAGUUGAUGUGGGCGUUAAUUUGCGAGAAAACAUGAUUUGGCUGGAUGUAGUUUCAGCACCGUGGUCAGAGCACGAUGAGAACAAAAGGCGGAUUAGCGUCCUUGAUAUCAGGGACCGUCAAUCAUUUACAUUCAGAUGAGUAUAACGAACACACAGAUAAAGCAGACACGACCUCUUAACGCUAUUUGUGUCGGUAUACAUUUCAGUUUCGUAAGCCAAGUCUGUUUGUUUUCGUCCCAAUCAAUUUUUGUCAUAUUUAAAAAUGUAAAGUGUAAGAAUUUUCAACAUUUUAACUGUAUUUUAAAAUGUUACAUGGUUUAGCAUGUUAAAGGUAUUUUUAUCAGCGUUUCUUUUGUUAUAAAACGGUGUAAUAAUGACCACACAUGUAUAAAUUACUCAACACAUGACAGUAGAUUCAGUCAAUUGUGGUGGCAAUGAAAGAGACAGCUGUUCACUGACAGCACCCAAUGAUUUUGCGGCGAUGCUUUAUCGGAGGAAAAUGCAGACUCUCCCUUUAGUCGAGUAAGCAUCACGCUUUCCACACCCCGAGGGAGGACAGGAGAUGGACAGGAGGGGGACACCGGCUUUCGACGUCAAAAGCUACGGGUUAUACGGAGUGUCAACACCGUGAAUACAGGCUACAGCGUUAACGUGUUCGUCUUCACUGCCUGUGCAUUUAUCCAGCCGUCACGUUACAAGCCUUUACAACGGGACUCGUUUUCAUCCCCGCGACUCUCGCUCAUCCGCCGAGCCGCUCUCCAGUGCUGAAACACCGGGCGCAGCUGUCGCUCCGUCACCCGUCCUAAUGAAGGAGGCCGACGCCAUCAAGCUCUUCAUUGGCCAGAUCCCACGGAAUCUGGAGGAGAAGGACCUGAAGCCCAUCUUCGAGCAGUUUGGGAAGAUCUACGAGCUUACGGUGAUCAAGGACAAGUACACGGGGAUGCACAAAGGUUGUGCGUUCCUCACGUACUGCGCGAGAGAGUCAGCCUUGAAGGCCCAGAAUGCAUUGCACGAGCAGAAGACAUUGCCGGGGAUGAACCGCCCCAUUCAAGUGAAGCCAGCGGACAGUGAGGGCCGAGGAGACAGGAAGCUGUUUGUGGGCAUGUUGGGGAAGCAGCUGUCAGACACUGAUGUCAGAAAGAUGUUCGAACCUUUAGGGAGUAUAGAGGAGUGCACGGUGCUCAGAGGGCCUGACGGAGCAAGCAAAGGUUGUGCAUUUGUAAAAUAUCAGAGUAACGCAGAGGCUCAGUCGGCGAUUAGCGCGCUACACGGCAGCCGCACUCUUCCGGGUGCUUCUUCUAGUCUGGUGGUCAAGUUUGCCGAUACAGAGAAGGAGAGAGGAAUCAGGCGUAUGCAGCAGGUGGCCUCCCAGCUGGGUGUCAUCAGUCCCAUGAGUCUACACCUGGGUGCCUACAACGCUUACACGCAGGCACUUGUCCAGCAGCAGGCAUUGGUGGCUCAGUCGGCAUAUCUGUCUCCCGUGGCAACGGUUGCGGCGGUGCAGAUGCAGCAAUUGGCUGCUCUCAAUCCCAGCAUCAUAGCCACGCCCAUCGCCUCAAUCACACCCUCAUCAGGUACAAGCACUCCGCCAACUCUCACUGCCACGCCUGUGUCUGGUCUUCCUCCACCAAUCACGAUCAACAGUUACACCCCGCUCCCCGCACCGCCCAAUGGCCAGUCUGCCUCUGAAACCCUCUACACCAAUGGUCUCCAUCCAUAUCAGGCUCAGAGCCCUGCAUUGGAUCCUCUUCAGCAGGCGUAUACAGGAAUGCAGCACUACACGGCUACAUAUCCCGCUGCUUACGGAUUGAUCGGUCAGCCGUUUCCUCAUCAGCCCACCUUGGUUGCCCAGCAACCCCAGCAGCCACAGCAGUUGCAACAACGAGAAGGUCCCGAAGGCUGCAAUAUCUUUAUUUAUCAUCUGCCUCAAGAGUUCACAGACUCGGAGAUGCUCCAGAUGUUUUUGCCAUUCGGUAAUGUCAUCUCAGCAAAGGUGUUUGUUGACCGUGCCACGAACCAGAGCAAAUGCUUUGGUUUCGUAAGCUUUGACAACCCGGCGAGCGCCCAGGCGGCCAUCCAGGCCAUGAACGGCUUUCAGAUCGGCAUGAAGAGGCUUAAAGUUCAGCUCAAGAGGCCUAAAGACGCUAACCGUCCAUAUUGAGAAGAACAGGCAAGAAAGGAGAUGUGAAAUUGAGUCACUUCACUGCAAAUUAUGGGACCAACAACUUUCGCAAAACUGCAGUAUAAAAAAACCUUCCAAGAUUAUUUAAAUAAAAAAUAUACAUUUAACAGAGACAGACUUAUCGCACAAGGUGCAGGUUAAAUAUAUGAAGUUACUACCUUAACAGUAUACGAUAUAGGACCAAUAAUUUCCUAGCGCAAGUUGGAUGUUCUGCACAGCCAGCCGGUAAAUGCUAGUUAAAGCGCUAGCGACGCAACGCCACUCGCUCUUCUGCUUCACACACUAUUGUGCCGUGUGCUUGUGGGUCGUGACCUUUCUGCCCGGAGCCCACACAUCAACGCCCUGCACACACAAAGGGGACCAACCAACACAAAUAUGUCAGUACUACACAACUUUUGUUUCUGGGUAAAAAAAUGCGCUAACUAUAGACUAUUAAAGUCUCUUUUGCAGCAAUCUAAAAUGUGUACAUAGAAUUUCAAGGGGAACAUGUGUAGACAUAUCGAAACGGUUGGGUGGGUGGGACUGGGUCAAUGUAAUCUGAGCAAAGAAUCAUGGGUAUGUUAGGUAGAGACGAAAUGUCCUUUGGGAAUUGUGAAGAAACUGCUAUUGGUCUCCAAUGUGAGUCCAGUUAUACAUAGUUCAUGUUUAAUACGUAUGGAAAUGAAAGAUUGAGGAUACAGGAUGAUGGGCCUAUAUUGCAAAUCUCCCUAAAAUAAGUGAAUAUAGUUUAUCACAGAAAGGAUGUAGUUAGACUUUUUUAUUUUUAGGUUUUUUAGUUUUUCUUUUCUUUUUUAAUUGUGGAUACAGUUAAAGUUAAAACAUAAAAAUGUAUUUCAUUGUAAAUAUCAUGCUUUUAAAAUGAAGGUCAAGAUUUAAACAUUUGGGAUAUUAUUAUUAUUAAUAAUUAUUAUUAUUAUUAUUUAGGGAAAUUCAUUUCUAUUUUUUUUAUUUAUUUAUCAAUUUCUUGAUGGAGGGCAUUUUUUAAAUUAUUUAUGAAGAUAGAGGAUCAUUGGCUCGUGUGCCGAUGAAUCCAUGUAUUUUUAGACAUUUUAUUUACAGAAUUACCAUUAAUGAACAAUCAUUCUAUUUAUUUUCUUCAAUCGUUGUUUCACAACCUGUCAAUUAAAAAAAAAAUUUGAAUAAAAUUUUAA